CAAACUGAUGAAAGACCAUCUCACACACCAUGAACUGAAAAGGACAACACAAUGAAGAGCACAGCUUGGCAGCCAUAUUGAGACAGGCAUGCGGCCUGUUCUGAAGAAAGCUGACCACAAAUGAUGCCUUAACUAGAGACAUUUUAAGUAACUAACAAGUCUGUGUGCUGCCUGAAACUACACAUCACCAUUUAUCAGGUCAUCUCUGUAAGAUAUAUCCAUCAUAAUGAGUUUUGCAAAUGAUAAAGUAUACAAUGAAUACAUGCGUCCAAAUCUUGCACUUUAUGUGAGAAGAGUGAGACCAAGAGAGAUUUUACGCCAUCUUCCAUGCCUCUCAGACUCUGAAAAGGGAGAAAUCACUGCCAAUUAUACCCAGAAUGGCGAUGAGUCUGGUAUGGAGCUGUUGAUAGCUCUGCUCAAAAGAAAGCAGAAUUGGGCCCCUAACUUUAUUACUGCACUGCGAGAGACGGAGCACACAGAUCUUGCAGAUGAAAUGCAGUAUCACUUUGAUAAAUAUUCAAAAACUUCAGGUCAGUGCAGAACAGCUGCACCAACACAUCCAUCCGCUGCUUCUGUUGUCAGCAGUCCUCCACCAUCACUAAGCUUGGCAGAAUACAGUGAACAAAAUCAUCAUUCAAUGCCUUCCCCAGUAAUACAACAAAAUCCAGUAAGAAACAACUUCGCAGAAGAAUCCACGAUUAACGAAAACCUUGAAGUUCACCAAAACAUUCAGCCCAGUUCAGUUCCUUCUCCUUCUACUGUGUGUGACCCUGUUCUUCCAGUACCCAAUGAUUCCUUUCAACAUACUUUGCCUUCAAGCUCAGAUUCAGUACAGUUGUCUGUACAAAUGGAUCCAUCUUUGGCACCUGCUUUCUCUAAUCCUACAUUUGGUAUUGAUGCAUCUGUGCAAACAUCUGUUCCACCAAACCAAUCCCAACAGUUAUAUUGUCCCGACAGGGUUAAUCCCUGUGCUUCUGGGAACACUGAAAACUUAAAUUCUACUGCUGCAAUACUCAGACCUGACCCAGAAAAGAGUCAAAAUCCUUGCGGAAAGUCUUCAUCUUCCGAGCCAUUACAAGUGGUUCAUUCUACUCUAGAUGUAUCCCGCCCCUCUAAUGAUGAGUCUUCAAGGAAUCGCAUAACUAAUCUACCAGCUAGCAAACACCUACAUUCAACAGAAACUAAAAUGCCCGUUCAAGAAACUGUUUCUCCAGAUAAGACACCCACAUCCACAUCAAGUAGUAAACAAAAGCAAAAAACGACUGAAAAUAUCAGCCAGACUGUGCACCAGAUAAAACAAGAUGCUCCCAGAAUUCCCCAGUGUCAGUUUUCCACCACACAUGCUGCUGCAUGUGGAGAAAGAGCCGAAAAUAUAUUGGAAGAAGAAAAUUUUAGCAAGCCUGGAAUGCUGAGGUCAGAGCUUUUUCCAAGUCUAUCUGAGGAACCUUCAUCAGCUUACUCUGGAGGUUCAGCGAGACUAGAAAUAAGUAAUGUUUCAUCAGAGAGUGAAGAAACUACUGUGGAGAAUAAUCCAGAGGAAAAUCACUACAUGUUUAGAAGUUUGUUGGAUAGUUCUCCUUCUCAAAGUAUGUUAGAGGAAGGGGCUUUCAAUAGAAAUCAGCAUUAUAAUGAUCCAAAUUCCUCAUGGCCAAGUCCUUUUGGAACUGUCUUGUACAGAGGUACACCACCUGAAGAAAACACAUACAGUUCCUUCUCUUCAUUAGGGGUGAAAGAGAUUACAUUUUCUGAAGAGCCUGUCAAUGAUCAAGUCAGUGCUGCAAAUGAAGUUUCUGCUGCAAGGGCUUGUUCUAAUACCAGGAAUGAUUAUUGGAGCGCAGACAGAAGCAUGCCUAAUGUUUCAGCAUCCACAGAGAAAAAGAAGGAUGAUGCAACUAGACCAUCAAAUCGUUACUUGACUUUAGCAGUCCUAAUUGGUGCAAUGGCAGUUUUGGUAUUCAUCUGGAAAAAGAUGCACAAGUGACAUACUUGGAUUAAAACGUGGCACUUUUGUUGUGCAUUUUUACUGUUCUUUUUCACUAAGUUCAUAACUCAUAUUAUGUUAGCUUUUCCUUACUUCGUAGCAUACACACAGUAUGUUUUAAUUUUAAAGUAUGGUUACUCUUAUUGUGUUAAUAUGAUUUUAUUUUCAGGUACACAUUAAAAUAUGAAUACUUACAGCUAGGGGUGAGCAGUAUGACCAAAAUUCUAUAUCACGGUAUUUUUCUAAAUUAUCCCGGUUUCACGGUAUUCGAUGGUAUUUUUUUCCCCAUGCAUGAGUGGAUGUUAACCACAUUUUCCACUGAAAUUACUGGCUAAGAAUAACCUAUUCCACUGUCAAGAGUAUUAUACACUGUACAAAAAAAACAUUUUAAUGUGCACACAAGUAUUAAUACAGUUUUGCAUUGCCCCAUAAAGUGAUAGUUUUCAAGGGGGUGGCACUAAUGGAGAAGGUAUCACAUUGCAUGACAGAUGCAGUCAAAAUAUAGAACCUUUUUAUUGAACAAAUUUUGCAAAAACUUAAAACUAUAAUUUUGACAACAUAUUUUCAACCAUACAAAGAGGCAUUUAGACUUAGUAAAAUAUCCAGAAGUGUUUGUCAAAAGUUGUAUUGCACUGAAUAUGUCUUAGAAAAGGAAUAAAUAGUAAAUAUUUUUUGUAAACCAACUACACUUUCUGUUAAUGUUAACAAUCUCUGUCCACUGACACGUUAAAGUGACUUUUUAAACAACUUUAUCAUCAUUAAACUGCAUAAUAUUUAAACUAAUAAAAAUAACAAUAAAAUAAAUAAUAGUAUUAUUACUGAUAGUUGCACUAUUACUUCAAGACUUCAAGCCCAGGUGCAUUACACAGUAUUCACCAAAAUAAAAUAAAAUAAAACAAGUGCAACUUGGUGAUGACAUCUUUACCAACUGAACCAUCAUUUAGGCAAACUGCAUUAAUAUGGACCUUGCUUCAAGCUAAGCUAUAUGCAUAAAUAAUAUACCUGCAACUUGCAUUUAUAAUGCUAUUUGUGGUAUAGCCCUACGGAAUCGUAUUAGGGCCACGGUGAAGAAAAAAAAUAAUACGGACACGGAAGAAAAAAACAAACUAUAUGUCGAGAAUAAAGUCAACAUUUUCACUUUAUUCUCACCGUUUAUGUUGAGAUUAAAGUCGACAUUUCCACUUUAUUCUUAUAGUUUAUGUCGAGAAUAAAGUCAACAUUUUCACUUUAUUCUCGCCGUUUAUGUUGAGAUUAAAGUCGACAUUUCCACUUUAUUCUUAUAGUUUACUUCAUAAUUAAAGUAGAAUGUCGUAAACUAAACUUCUUCCUAAAAUCAAUGUUUAAUUUACUAGAUUUUGUCAAACCCCGUCAUAAGUUAAUGCAGCACAUUAAAUGCUUUGUGUUGUGUUCCCCGACCCAGUUGUUAAUCACUACACUUCUUAAACUGACUUCCUCUGCACUAAGAGGAGUCAGCGAUCACCAUACAGAAUCCAUUCACUUCAUGAUAUUCCUGCUCUCUAAAAAUUUAGAAUGCUAAGAUAAAUACUUGAUAUCAUUUUCAUGAUGAAAUGCAUUAAAGCAGGCAUUAAACAUGCACGGUAGUGAGGCGGUAGUGCUGCUCCCUCGCAGUAAGGGGUCCCCAGGUGUAUGUUCAGUGUAGAGAACUUUAUCGCAGGUGUGACGAGGCUCCAAAAAACUGGAUGUAUGAAUGGGUAUCGCACAGGUUUAACUUAAAUAUUGUAUAAAUGUUGGGUUUGUGAUCUGGUGGUCGGAGACACGAACACAGAAUUCAAUGCAUGUUCUUCUGAGCAGGCUUUCUUUAUUGCACGCGUGCUGUCUCUAUCUGAUGUACUAAAACCCCAGUUCCUAUCCGUCCUUUUUCUUUCUCCACAUAACCAAUCACCACACGAUAAACGUCUUUGUGAAAUUAAAACUAGUUAUAAACUUAGCCCACGGAGUGUUCAGAAAUUUAAAAAUAUCUUCGUUAUACAUGUUUAAUUAUGCCAUCCAUUCAGAGUUGCGCCCAUCUCUGAACGAGUCGCCUACACAUCGAAGGAUGAAUACAAGCAAAACAUAACACUAGCAGGGUCAAUAUAGCACAACAAAACCCCACAUCCUACAUGACUUUGAAAGGUAACUGAAGCACCGAGUAAACCCACCAGAGAAACAUGCAAAUGCAAGGCAGGCACGCCGCCGUGCCCCCAUAUGAUUAAUGCAUGCUUUAAUGCAUUUCACCAUGAAAAUUAUAUUAAGUAUUUAUUUUAGCAUUCUAAAUGUUCAGAGAGAAGGAAGAUCAUGAAGUGAAUGUAUUCUGUGCGGCGAUCGCUGCCAGCGCCUCCUCUUAGUGCAAGAAGAAGUCAGUUUAAGAAUCACUUAACACAAAGCAUUUAAUGUGCUAUAUAACUUAUGACGGGGUUUGAAAACAUGUCGUCACACUAUUACACAGUACCCAGGUACAUUACACUGUAUUGAAAACAAAUAAAACAAGUACAACUUGGCUUGCAGUAUUAUCCAGUAGUAUAGAAACAGUAUUUACACAUCUGACCUUUUAAAACUAAAGUAUCUCCAGGCUCUCUGUCCAUUUUCACCACGCAGCAUUCCUAUGCUACCGCCCACUAUUUGGUGGUGUAGCAGUGAAAAAGAGCCCUAGUGCAACAAAUCUGUGUUUAGCGGUGUAGCAGUGAAAAAGGUCCCCACUUGAACAGUUUCCCGCUGUGCCACGUUCCGAGCGUCGUUUAGGCAAUUUAAACCGGUGCUGCGGUACAAGAAAAAUCCAUAUCAUAAAAAAAAUAAAAAACGGUUUUCGGUAUGAACCGGUAUACCGCCCAGCACUACUUACAGCUAUACAUAUUAUUGGUAACACUGAGCAGAACUUUUAACUUUUGUAUUGAAAUUAUGCUCUUUGAAUAAAUUAUCACAAGUUGCGAAUCAUAUCAAACUAUAAAUAUGACAUUUUUCCAGGGUGAGCACUACCCCACUUCAUAUAUAGACCAGUUGAUUGGUAAAGGAAGACAGUGUCUUCUACACUUUCCAGUAGGUCAGAUAUAUACUGCUUUCUUUCUACAACUGACGUGUACAGCCUGUUUAACGACAGUUGGGUUAGUCAAAUAACAAACAGGACUGUUAAAUUGUUAAGUAGGUUUGAAGGCUUUUGGCAGAACGAAUGCAUAACAUUGAGACAUUGAAAAGGGUAAAGUCUAUAAAGUAACAUUGAUUUUUUUAAUUUCUUCAUAGGGAGUGCAAACAAAAGACAAAUUAUAACGUGGAAGUAACAAGCACAAUAUACCGCAAAUUCAAUGUUACUGCUGUAUUAGGAUCCCAGCGGGGUGUGAAACUUGAACUGAAGCAAUGAGGGACAUCAUUUGAGAUGAUUCACCCAAUAAAUGCUUAUCAGUAUUUAAUACAACUUGGGUUAUUGUUCAUAUAUUUAAUGUUUCAAUAUCUUUGAUAAACCACAAAUUAAGUGUGGUUUUGAGAAUGAUAUUGUACUCAUCUUAGUCUAUAAACUGUUGUGACAAAUCUGGAAAAAUCUAGGCACAUAGUUUGUUAAAUACUCAGUACCAUAAAAUAGUUAGAAAAGCUUUAGUUUCUCCUUUUAUAUAUUUUAAUUUAUUCCUCAUUUAUAGCCCAAGUAUGUUUCUUUUUGUAACUUCAUGUUGAACAAUUGGUAAAUAAUCUACCGCCCCAGCCAGGAGCAAGAGUUAGCCAUCAAGAUGUUUCAUUCAUUAAGAACUGCUUUUGUCACUUUUAUGAAUUCACUUAAAUUCAUUUUUGUGAUAUUGUGUAUUAUCAGCCUGAUAUUUCAUAGUCCUUAAUCUGUUUAAAGCAGUACCAUGGUAGUGGAGUGUGACAGUAUAUUUUGGGUUAUCAGUGUAAUUUUUGUUCACUUUCCAGGAAAACAAAAAUCAUUCAUACUUUAAUAUUCAAAAGUCUGUCUCUAAAGUGACAAUUAAUAUAGUACAUUUACUGUAGCUACUUUUUCUAAUCAUUAUAUGCUAGUAAUUACUAUUACUACUGUAAUAGCAGUCUAGGACAUAUGAUCUGAAACAAUUCUGACAGCCUACCCUUCCUGGGAAAGAGACUGUCCUGCAUUUCAGUGUUAUAUGUAGAAUAAUCAUCCAUCCAUCCAUCCAUUUUCCAACCCGCUGAAUCUGAACACAGGGUCACGGGGGUCUGCUGGAGCCAAUCCCAGCCAACACAGGGCACAAGGCAGGAAACAAUCCUGGGCAGGGUGCCAACCCACCGCAGUAGAAUAAUCAUUGUUUUCUUUAAUUCUGGUAAACCCAUUCCCUACAGCCCCACAGCUUCUAUUAUUUCUUUUCUCAAAGGACUCAGGGUUGUGUUAUACUUUUGCUUUUUUGUGUGCAUUUAUUAACAAGAGUUCAUUUAUGCUGUAUGAUGUUGGAAUUCAUCACACUUUCUCAGCAUACAUGAACUGUGAGUUACAAAUACAGAUAACCUGGUAGUGUUGGUAUGUAACACCUUUCAUAGUAAGCAUUCUGUCCCUCUAAGGUAAUGUCGACUCCUCCAGAAAUGAUCUAUUGAGAACACACAGGUAGGCAUGUGAGGCCAAUACAUUUAAUGCACUGUUGACAGAACAUUUUACUCCACAUACUUUUUCUCUGAUUUACUGUAUGCUUUGGCCUUAACUUUUCAAAAAGUGCUGCUUUCUAUUAUGCAUGUGUGUCAUUGCUUGUUUGUGAUAUAAUAAGAAAUAACCUUGAAAUUCUACAUUUGUGUGGCUGCUUCAUACAGAGAAAAUGUUCACAGAUGUUAAUAAACACAUUAAGGUAUACAACACAAGGCAGUAAAGGAACAGUACACAGAAUUGCUGGGUAGGUAACUGUUUUAGUAAGAGGUCUCUUACACAUUCUGAGCAGGGUUAAUGUUUGUCAUCAUGUUGAGAAAAUAAAAACAGUUAUAUUGUUUGGUUGUACUGGGACCGCUUACGUUUGCUCAUUUAUUAGGAUAGACACUGUAGCUCUCUUGGGAACGUUUAACAUGAAUUUAAAAUAAACCAUUUCAGCCAGUUCAGUUUGUUGGCUUUUAUUUUGAUAAAAGUGUCUUUUUUUUUAAUGUG